UGGACGCUGGUCUAGUUAACUGAGAGUAGUUACUUUUUCCAUUCUCUCCCAUCCACUCUCAAUCUCCACCACCAACCCCCCAAUGCACCGCCACCUGCUCCUCCUCUUCACGGCAGCGACCGUCCUCCUCCUCCUCCCGAUGGCGUCGUCUCUCUCUGCCGGCGAAUCUCUCUCCAACUGCAGCCGAACCUUCAGCUGCGGCAACGUCGUAAACGUCUCCUACCCCUUCACCGGCGGUGACCGCCCCUCCCAUUGCGGCCCGCCGGAGUUCCGCCUCAGCUGCAACGGCUCCUACCCCGAGCUCACCGCCGACUCCCUCACAUACAGCGUCCGGGAACUCAACCAGACUCGCCGAUCGCUCAUUCUCUCAAGAGCCGAUCUUAAUGCCAGCAACGGCUGCUUGCGGCAAUACGCCAACACCACUCUCAACUCCACCAUCUUCACCUUCGCUAGCGACGGCGAAGACCUCACCUUGUUUUAUGAGUGUUCAAACUUGACGAACAUCAAUCCCGAUAAUCAGUUCACUUGCAAGAUCAAUGGGAUCGAUAUGGACAGCUAUUACUUGAUCGGUGCUGUCCCCACUGACCUGAUUCUUAAUGGGAGCAAGUGUGAAGUGAGCGUCACGGUCCCAAUUCAGCCGUUCAUGGUGAAGACGGUUCCCUACACAAUCCAGUGGAACGCCUGGCUCAAAGGGGUUCUGAUGGAGGGUUUUGAGGUGAAUUACACGAAUCCGUACGAGGAUCAGUGCGUGAUGUGUGGUGGGAUUGGGGGGGAGUGUGGGUUCGACUCUGAUCAGGGGAAGCCCAUUUGUAUUUGUGGCGACCAAAUUUGUCCCACAUCCGCCGCAGAGUACGAAGGAUCCAGUUGGAGGAGAAAACUUAUCAUAGGUGGAGCAUCUGCUACUGUUGCUUCGAUAUCUACAAUUGCCAUCUUUUUCACAUUGAAGGUUCUACUCUUCAAGAACAAGAAAGAUGGCGAAGUUGAGCAGUUGAUAGGAAUCCUUGGAUCUCUUGUCCCAAGAAGAUAUCGAUAUACUGAUUUGAAGAAAAUGACAAAAUCAUUUUCAGAGAAACUUGGUCAAGGAGGAUUUGGUGCAGUGUAUAAAGGAAAGACUAGAGAUGGUUGUCUUGUGGCAGUGAAAAUUCUGACAGAGUUGAAAAGUAGCCCAAAAGAAUUUAUCAAUGAAGUUGUGAGCAUUAGUAGAACUUCUCACAUUAAUGUAAUUACUCUCUUAGGUUUUUGUUACGAAGGGAAGAAGAGAGCUCUAGUAUUCGAGUACAUGCCUAAUGGUUCGUUGGAUAAGUUCAUAUAUUCAGGAAGAGCUUUAAAUAUGAGUAGUUCCUUGGAAUGGAAAAUACUAUAUCAAAUUGCAAUUGGCAUUGCUCGUGGGCUAGAGUAUCUGCAUCGAGGUUGUAAUAUCAGAAUCUUGCAUUUCGAUAUAAAACCUCAGAACAUCUUGCUCGAUAGAGAUUUUACCCCCAAGAUUUCGGAUUUCGGCCUUGCUAAACUUUGUCAUGGACGAGAGAGUGCUGUAUCAACUCUCGGCAUGAGAGGAACGGUUGGAUUUAUUGCACCAGAAGUUAUUUGUCGAAACUUGGGAAGAGUCUCUCACAAGUUUGAUGUUUACAGUUACGGAAUGUUGGUUCUUGAUAUGGUAGGCAUAAAAAAUUUUGACAUCAAAGUUUCCAAUAACAAUGAAAUGUACUUUCCAGAAUGGAUUUAUAGGAAUUUAGAGCCCGACAAAGAUCUGAAAUUGCCGAUGAAUGUGACAGAGGAGGAGGAAGUGCUGGCGAGGAAGAUGAUCAUUGUGAGUUUGUGGUGCAUUCAAACCAGUCCAUUUGAUCGGCCACCAAUUGUGAAGGUGAUAGAGAUGUUGGAAGGAAGCUUUGAAUCACUGCAAAUGCCGCCGAAGCCCAUCAUGUAUUCUCCAUCGCAAGAAUUGUCACACCACUGGGAACUGUCGAUGUCAAAUUCUAAUGGAAGCCACGAGGAGGACAUGAUAGUGGAGAAUUUAGAGGAAAACAAUUGAUGAUAAAGUUGUAGUGCACGAUAUAACUCCUCAAGGUAAUUGUCAUGCCUUAAUUUAGAUGGAAUAUGUUGUUCAUAGAGUUGUGAUGAAAGUAGAGAGGAUGGUUUUGUUGUAAUUGCCUGUAUAUCGUAUUCUGGCAAACAUUCAUGUCGAGAUCAA